GCCCUUAAUAGUCGCCAUAAGAAAGAGGUAGAAGAAAUUGGAAAUCGACAUAAGGAAGAAUUGGAUAACAUUAAGUCACAACAUUCAACUGCUUUGGAACAAUUUGUGUCUAACAAGGAAGGCACUACUGCUGUUGCCGUUGAAUCGUUAAAGGUCAAUCAUCAGGAUGAGAUUAAUGAACUUAAGAGAGCGCAUGACCGAGAGUUACAAGAGCUUAAAGAUGCACGCGAUGAAGCAAUUAAAAGAGCCAAAGAUGAAUUCCAGGCAUUUUAUUUAUUACUUUCAUUCGAGAACAUGGAGAAACUCCAUAAUCAAGAGUUAGCUGCAAUUCGCCAAAACCUCGAGGCUAAACAUGAUGCGGCCGUCCGAGAGCAUGCUGUUUUAAACUCCGAACACUCACAAAAGGUAGAAAAUUUUAAUCGCCAAAUUGAGCACCUCAAUAAGGAAGUCGAAGACCUUAGGGCUCAAUUAAGUUCUCAGAACUCUCAAGAAGUUGAAUCAUCAAAAAUGCACGAGGAUCUCAUCCAAAAGCAUCUUGCAGAACUCGAAAAAUUGAAGGAGUUGCAUAGUCAAGAGUUGGAAACAGUUCGGAAUAAUGUUGUGUCUGAUUUAGUGAAAGCGCUCGAAGUAGAAAUUGAAGAACUCAAAGUAAAGCAUCAACAUGAACUAGAGAAUCUAGAAAAGAGUCAUGAAAUGAAGCUUGAAUCAUUUACUAAAGAGCUUAAUGAUAUGAGAUCUUCACAUGAUGAAAACAUGAAACGAACAAUUUCCCCUUCUAUCAUAGAAGAGUUGAAAGCAACCCACGAGAAAGAACUUGACGAAUUAAGAUCUUCACAUAAUGAAAUUUUGCAAAAAACAAAGGAUGAAAUUAAUGCCGAGAUCGAACAUCGUGACUCUCUCGAACAAGAAAUCGAAUCAAUCAGAAAAGCGAAUAAUGAUGCGAUUGAGGAACUGAAAUUAAAACAGGAGGAAAUUGAAGAAUCCC